AUGUUACCAGUUUCUUCAUCCAAAUCUCUUUCAUCUAAUUCAUCUAGAAAAGAAAAUAAUAGAAAACAUAAUGCUGGACGAAAAUCUGCAAAGGAUGAUGCUUAUGUUCAACAAACUAAUUUAAAGAAAUAUUAUAAUUAUAUACAACAAAGAAAAUAUCAAAAGCAACAAAAGUUAUAUACUUCUUCUUUAGAAAAAGAAAAAAAAAAAGGUUGGAAUGUUGAAGUAACAGAAUUAAAAGAAGAAAUCGAAUUAAUAAAAGAAGAACAUUUCAAAGAAAUUAAAGAAAUAAAUAAAACAAAUCUUCAAGAAAUUAAUGAUUUUCAAAAAGAAAUUGAAGAUCUACAUCAAAAAAUAGAAGAAUUACAAAGUGAAUCAAAAGAGGAAAUAGUAAAAGAGGAAAUAUUUGAUCUUAAUACUGAAGUUAAACAAAAAAUAAUUGAAUUAAAUAAAGAUAGUAAUAGUUUUAUAGGUGAUUCGAAUAGUAUAUAUAUAGAUAAUGAAUAUAUUAAUAAUAAUUUUAUGAAUAUAACUAGUGAUGAUAUAAUAGUUGAUGAUAAUACAAUUAAUGAUUAUACAUAUUUUAUUGAUGGUCUUAAUAGAAUGAGAUUUGAAGAAAUAGAUUUAGGUUUUCUUAAAUAUAUUAAAAGUUUAACACGAUUAAUUAAAUAUAAUGACAGUGAAGAACCAACAAAACUUUUUGCAACAGUUAAUGAAGUUGAAAUAUGUAAUAGAAAUAAAUUAAAUGAUCUUUCUAGUAAAAAUUUAUUAUUCAAAACAGAAGAAUGGUCUGUUGCUAAAAAUAAUAAUAAAAGUACAUUAUCAGAAACAAGAAUAAAUUUAAAAAUCGGUGUACAAGUAUUAUAUAUUUGGAAUGAGAAAGAAAAUAAUAAAUUAGUUAAUAGAUCUACUGGAAUAAUAGUUGGGUUUAAGAAUGAAAUAAAUACUACAAUAUCAAAUGAUUUUACAGAUGACAUAAUAGAUGAAUUAUUUAAAUUAAAAAAACCUCUUCAAGUUGAAGUUUAUCAAAUGUAUGAUCUUCCCAAAAAUAUAAAUUUUGGUAUUGUUGUUUUUAAGAAUCAAAAUAAUAGAGAAAUGAAAAUAAUAGUUUGUGGUAUAAUUGGAGAUAUUAGUGAAUUUGAUAUUGAUUCAUUAAUAGAUGUAUUGACUGAAUGA